UUUCAGUUGAUACUUCAAAAAUAACAAGUUCUUAGUAUUUCAGUAUUUCUUACAACAGCAAAUGUCAAAAAAUAGUUAUCAGUAAAAGCCCCCAAGUUGUGGAAGGCAUGGUUUUGGCUUUGCCACCACUCAAUUACAAACCCCACUGGCAGUGGCACUGUUGUUCUUCCUCCUCCUCCUCCUCCUCUUCCACCACCAUCCACCGCCGCCCUGCAGUCAUCCUUCCAGGGUUAGGGAAUAAUACAGGUGACUAUAAGAAGUUGGAGUUAACCUUGCAAGAGUAUGGAGUGCCCACUGUUGUUGCUAAGGUUUCAAGAAUUGAUUGGCUGAGGAAUGCAGCUGGCUUGGUGGACCCAAACUACUGGAAAGGCACUUUGCAGCCUAGACCUGUUCUUGACUGGUAUUUGAAGAGGGUUGAUGAUGCAGUUCAAGAAGCAAAGGAAUUAGCUCAGGGUGGGAAAUUAUCAGUGAUAGGUCACUCAGCUGGAGGGUGGCUAGCUCGUGUUUACAUGGAAGAAUUUGGAUUCUCCCACAUCUCCUUGCUUCUGACUCUUGGUACUCCCCACUCGCCUCCUCCUAAAGGUUUGCCAGGGGUCAUUGAUCAAACAAGGGGUCUACUAUACUAUGUUGAACAGCACUGCAGAAAAGCUGUAUACACUCCAGAGCUGAAAUAUGUAUGCAUUGCAGGAAGGUAUCUUCAGGGAGCUCGUUUUGUUAAUGACUCGAAAAUGGCUGUUGAUUCCAUGGCCACCAUUGAUGAUGACCAACCAGUUUCGGAUGUUGCUCUUGUGAAAAAUACAACCGUUUCGAACUCUGCUUCCCCAACCUUCCGAGCUCGAUUUGUCGGCCAAGGGUACAAACAGGUUUGUGGAGAGGCAGAUGUAUGGGGUGAUGGAGUUGUGCCAGAAGUAUCAGCUCACUUAGAGGGAGCACUUAACAUAAGCUUGGAUGGAGUCUACCACUCACCUGUUGGUUCAGACGACGUAUCGAGACCAUGGUAUGGUUCUCCUGCAGUUGUAGAGCAAUGGGUUCAUCAUCUCCUCAACUAAUCAAGUCAAAAUAAUCUCUGUCUGUAAUAUUUGAUUUGUUGAUCAACUUGUACUCAUUGCACUAAAAGGCAGUGAGAUGACAAACUAGUAAUUGAUCAAUGA